AUGGCCAACAAAGCAUCGCUCAAGCCGGCUGAGGACUUCAUCGAGUUUGUCAACGCCUCUCCGACCCCGUUCCAUGCCGUGUAUACUGCUUCACAAAGACUGGAGGCAGCUGGCUAUACCAAGAUCAAGGAACGUGACGCCUGGGCCCACUCCCUCGUUCCCGGCGGAAAGUACUACCUGACCCGCAAUUCGUCUACCAUCAUCGCCUUCGCUAUCGGCAACAAAUGGAAGCCUGGCAACCCCAUCGCUAUGGUCGGUGCCCACACCGACUCGUGUUGUCUUCGACUCAAGCCGGUGUCGAAACGUCAGUCCGAAGGCUUCAUCCAGAUUGGUGUAGAGGCGUAUGGAGGUGGCCACUGGGCAACCUGGUUUGACCGUGACCUUAGUUUUGCUGGUCGUGUCAUGUGCAAGCGCGCCGACGGCGGAAUGGAGCAAAAGCUGGUCAAGGUCGACCGACCAAUCUGUCGUAUUCCCAACCUGGCUGUACACUUCGGCGGUUCGGUUCCCUUCGAAUUCAACAAGGAAAACCAACUUUUCCCCAUUGCGGGCUUGGUCGAAGCCGAGCUAAACAGGCAAGGCAAACCAUCCGAGGAUGCCCAGAAGGCGGGAGACCAGGAGUCAGGCAGCGCCGACUUCAACCCUUUGAAGAACGCGACUGAACGCCAUCAUCCAUAUGUUGUUGAGAUCCUUGCUCAAGAAGCUGGUGUCAAGCCAGAAGACAUUCUUGACUUCGAAAUCGUCCUAUAUGAUACGCAAAAGUCAUGCCUGGGAGGUCUCAACAACGAGCUCAUUUUUUCUGCUCGCUUGGACAACCUCAUGAUGACCUAUUGUGCUGUACAGGGCUUGAUCAACUCUACGUCGUCUGAAGGCAAACCUCUUACUGACGAGAGCACAAUCCGCCUCAUUGCAUGCUUCGAUCACGAAGAGAUUGGCAGUACCUCUGCUCAAGGCGCCGACUCUAACAUCCUGCCGUCAGUACUACGUCGUCUGUCCGUACUUCCCUCUUCGCAAGAAACGGAGAGCGACAGCUCGUACGAUCGAACCGAUCACCCGACUCACAAGGAUGCCGACAUGAGCACCGCUUUCGAGCAAUCCCUGUCGAGCAGUUUCCUUAUCAGUGCAGACAUGGCUCACAGUGUCAACCCGAAUUACAGCGCCAAGUACGAGAGUGAACACAAGCCACAGAUGAACAAGGGUACGGUUAUCAAAAUCAAUGCCAACGUUCGUUAUGCAACCAACUCUCCUGGCAUCGUUCUUCUGCAGGAGCUUGCAAAGAGGGCAAAGAAGAGCAGCGGCGAUGUUCGCAGCAGUGGCCAGGGAGUGCCGCUGCAGAUGUUUGUUGUCCGCAACGAUAUGCCGUGUGGAAGCACAAUUGGUCCCAUGCUUUCAGCCAACACUGGUGUCCGAACCCUUGAUCUUGGAAACGCACAACUCUCGAUGCACAGCAUCCGCGAGACUGGUGGAGCUUAUGAUGUCGAGUAUUCGAUCAACCUAUUUGAGAGCUUCUUUGAGCAUUACGGCGAGCUGGAAAGCAAGAUUUUUGUUGAUUGA